AUGGUACCUCCUCGCGUAAUCCCCGGCGUAGCGCUCGCCCUAGCUGCUGUAACCUCGGCCCAAAGCACCAGCACGCACGAACGGAAAAUUCGUGACGGCAGUGGCGACGAACACGACAACCACAACAACGUCGUCUUCCACGAGGGUGGUCUCGGUCUUUGCUUGGACAUCCGAGGAGACGAGGAGCGGGGACUCCCAUACACCAUGUUCCACCGUGAUACGGGAUCGGUUUUAGGGGCGGACGAAUCUCUGACGACGCUCGUCAUCACCGGGACGGAGGAAGGCGGCGACGAUGACGAUAUCGAGCGCGAGGGCGGAUAUCCGCCCCGCAAGCCCAGACCCGACCUGAAUCGGAACCGGACGGCGGCACCGCGCACCAUCACGCAAGGGCCGGGGACCUUUGAGUAUACGGCGACGAGGGGCCGAGACAAAACGGUAGUGAAUAGGUGCCACCUGGAGGGCCAGGCCAGCGCGGAGUGCAACGUCACGCACGUGGGCAAAGGGUGGUACACGAAAAAGCAGCCAGACUUUGUGGGAGAGUGGAGCACGUACAACUUUACCUGGACGAGCGGCGGACGGUACGGAUUUGCGCCCGUGACGCUCACGGCAGGCCUGGAGAAGCUGCCCAAGGAGACUGCGCCGCCGCCAGAUGUGGAGAAUGACGGUGGAGAAGAGGGGACGGGAAGCGGGUCGGUCCGAGAAAUGCUACACGGCGCCGGAGCCCCGGCCGCCGCGGCAGCGGUGCUAGUAGGAUUUGUGUUGGGGGCUUUCGCCAUCAUCUAA